UGAGCGCAGUACCAGGUUAGAUAGAAGUCAGCUCCAGUUCGGUAAGACAUGGGGGAAAGGGCGCUUCUCACGGAUCUUAGCGGAUGCAAAUUGCGAUGAUUCAACCUGCGCUUCUGGGCUUGCAGCUCUUUGUGGUGGAAAUAUUUUAAAAACUCAAUAUUCUCAAAUCUUGCCCACCGGAGUCGAUCUUGCUUGCUAACUUCCGCUUAGCUGCAGGAGUCAGGAGCUGCCAUGAAGUCAUGAAGGAGUUGUUGCGGAGGAUACACAGCACCUUGCUGCAGAUCGCUCUGUUUCCGAGCAGAUUCGGCAAAACGGGUCCACGGCCAGCAGCUUCAGAGGUGUUGACCUGCCACCUGCAGCAGCGCAGACUCCCACCCUGGACUUCGUUCUGUGUGCGCUACGGUUCCAUCCACAACGACCAGUUUGGCCUGUCCAACUUUAACUGGAUGGUUCAGGGAUCCAAUUAUCACAUACUGAGGACAGGCUGCUUCCCCUUUGUGAAAUAUCAUUGUACCAAAGCACCGCCGCAGAACCUGGACUUUGAAGACAAGUUUUUUACUAUGCUGAAAGUUAUUAAUCUGGGUAUCCCUUGUUUGGCCUAUGGCAUUGGCUGCUGGAUGGUGAUAGGAGCUGCAGAAACGGUACAGACGAGCGUUGGUCCUGUCACCGUCUAUUUUGCCUACAAAGAAGAAGAAGGUGCGCAGUACUGAAACAGAGGACUGCUUCAGCAUGUUUUAAAGACACUGAAGUCUACCAAGCUGCCGGAGUUACUCCUCCUGAUACUGUUCUCCUGUACGCACCAUCUACUGUAUGCCACUGGUAAUCUUGUCUGACUGCACAGGUUAUCUUAUGGUAAAUUAUUAUAUUAAUUAAUAUUAUACAACCCAAAUCUGGCCUUUAUAGAAAAGUGGCAAGAGGGAAGCCGGUAUUGAAAGGACAAAAAGUAUAACAUUUGCCACAAGUCGCAGGAGGCAUAGCAAUCGUGUAGAUGGGGGUGCUCUGGUUGUACAUUAGACCAGAAGUAAACGUUUAUGCCUACAUGCUAAUCUGUGUGGGGAGGAAGAAUGAACAUAUCCUGUCGUGAAGCAUGGUGGUGACCGCAUCAUGCUGUGAUGAUGGUCGUCUCUAGCAGGGACAGGAAAGCUGGUCAAAAUUGAUGGGAGGAUGAACAUAAUUAAAUACAGGGGAGUCACAGAAGAAGAGCUGUUGGAGGCUGGAAAUGACUUGAGACUAAAGCUAGGAUUCAGGUUUUGACAGGAAAACAUUUGUGAACAUGCAGCCAGAGCUACAUUAGAAUGGCGUAGAUCAAAGCAUAUUCAUGCGGUGGGAUGGACAAGCCCGGACACAAAUCCACUGGAGAACCCGAGGCAAGACUUUAAAGUUUCCGUUUGCAGAUGUUGCUCCAGUGAAAGACGGCUCUACAAAGUAGAACUGAAUACAUAAGCACACCACACUUUUCAGAUUUAUUUUUGCAAAAAACAUUUAGAAAACCAUUUCAUUCCACUUCACACUUCUACUCUAGUUUAUGUUGGUCUAUCAAUAAGAAUCUACCCAAAAAGUGAGUUUGUCACCUGGCAAAAUGUGUGGGUGUGAAUAUUUUAGCAAGGCAUGUUAUAAGCACACCUGUUUUGGUGUUUAAUGGAAAGCUAAGUUCCCAGUAAAACUGAUUUUAGUUAUUUUUUUGAGUAAUGUUUAUUUUUUAAAAGCAUGCUAACUGGAUCGGUAACAUUAAGUAUACAGAUUAACACAGACAUGGUUUGAAGUCAGUGGUUUUCUGUUUUUUUUUUGCAUAAAGAGAUCUGUUGCUUUCUUAAUAAAGACUUGAUAAAACACGUAAACGGGGCAGAAAAUGGUCCUUUUAUUGCCUAAUCAUAUUCUUAAUGUGCAUUUUUUUGUUAAUUCUGUGGUGUCUUUUGUUUAAUUUUAGCUGAGGAAACAAGAAUCUCCAUAACCCCAGAAUAUUUGUACCAUGUUGAAUCGGGGAUCCUCCUCCACGCAACAGAUAGUCAAUAAUGUUCGAGAAAAAUCAGUUACAAGACAGCUCUGAUAAAAUGAGUUUUAAUUACCAAGAUGCGUGCUUUGUUGGGAGACGUGUACAUCCCUUCCUUCGGGCCUUGGCUGGCCUUUGAUUUCUGGUAAUGUGCUUUGCUGACAGCGCAGGCUUAGCUCCGCUUCAGACUCCUGCGCCCUCCGAGAGGCGGGCUGACUAACUGCCGUAUUGAUUUCUCCCCCCAGCGUCUCCUGUUCCCAGCGUUUAUCGGCGACCUCAAUUUUCCAGGCCCUGGCCUCUCCAUUUAUAACGCAAUGAAAAUGAACGAAUAAUUUCUUGUCGUACAUGGAAAUCAAUGCACCUUUUGACCUCUCUGCGCACACGAAAGGCCGCGACAUGUCAGGCCAUCCAUGCCGUUCCAGAGUGACCUGUUUUGUUUAAGUUGCUUAUCAUGGAUGAAAAUCAUUUUUACCAAAAUAAUACCACUGCCGCCUCCAAUAACAAGCAAGUAGUUCCAUUAGAAAAACAUUGUGUUUAACUGAGGGACUACAUGUGCAAACUGACAUUCAUUCAAGCUCGAAUACACUUCAAGGAAAAGGGACGGUCUUAAAUGCUUUGAAGAUUAUAACGUAACCUUGGUUGUAUACAGAUCGUUUGAAUCUUGUGCAAUAUGAAUGUACAGAAUCCUCUUCAACGGCGCGAGGACACCACACUAUCACUUUAAUCAAACUAAUUGCUCUGAACAAGGAACAUUUAGACACACUUACAGAAAUCUGAUCCCGGGGAUCAGGCUGCACCUAAAUCCUCCUCCUUUCAUUGGCAGCCUUUCAUCAGGACUGAAAGUGUGCAUGGGGAAUGCUCAGGCAACCAUGUCUUAAUUACUCAUUGACCCUUUGACCCAAAGAGCUGCAUUGAUACCAAACUCGCAGCCCCAGCGCGACUGCGCAGGGGCCGCAUCCGUCUUGCGGCUUUUGUGUGCCGCUGUUUACGGGAUGACGUGAAAUCCAAACUGCGGCGCAUGUGAGUGCGGCGUAUUUGUUUUCAGGGCUUCACCUUUGAGUCACUCUAAACUGCGGGGGAGGCCUCCCCUCCAGUUCAGACAGAGGCUUAGCAUUACAUAUUAAACCUUAGUCACCACCACGGCGGGUAUUGGUUAUCUGAACUGCAAAUGGACUUUUCUGUAACUUAACAAAACGCGGCUCGCACUUAAGGCGAGAUUGAUGCUUUUUAAUAGUCUGGUCCCAUAUUGAGGUGUCUAAAUUACCCAGCACACAUCUAAACUGGUAAUGAGCAACCAAUUAAUGCCGGUUUGGCACGUUUAAUUGCGAGCUGGUGCUGGUAAUAAGUUUUGUCAAGGUGAAAUCUUUAAAUACUUGUACUAUUUAGAGUUUAGGUAAGUAAAGCAAAACAAGUGCUCAGGCCGGGGAGAGUUAAUGCAAAUUGUUAAUGUCGAGCGGCGAAAUUACUAAUCAACUUUUAGCGAAUUGUAAUUAUUUUCUAAUUAGCUGCGGCGUUCUUCGGUUUCUUUGGCCUAAAAAAAAAUUUGCUUUAAUCUCCUUGAAAUAGUUGAUGGAGCCACUCUGCGAAUGAAUUAUUUAGCACACCAGCGUUUUCCCUGUCAUACAGAUAUAUAGCUUGGCAGAAACAAUUAUUGCGCGAACAACCCCUGCAGCUAAUGCUGGAGAGGUUAUCAUUAUGUGAGGCCGUGGAAAUCGGCCACCGGCGUCGUCUCCGAGCUUACCCGGCGAGCAGCGGGGAUACCUGAGCCAUCACUCAGAUCACUUUAAGGACAGCACUGGAAUUACGUGUCCGUGUCUCAGCCAGCAGUGGAACAACAUUUACUGUGAAACGACGUAUUUUUCUUUUUUAUCCGUACUGUGACAGCUGAGGCAAAAAUACUCAUUAUUUUUCAUCAGGAGAAGCCCUUGGAUGCAUGCAUGCCAAUUCGAUCAGCUCUGCAGUGGCAGUACUAUAGGAACACUUGAUGAGUGAAUACAUGCUGACCUCCUGUCUCUGGCAUUUUAAACGCAGCCUUUUCUUUUUUUCUAAUGCCAAGCAGAUCACAGUUAACAGUCUAUUACAGUGUAUUUAUUCACCGUAGGGAUGUCAAAUGGCAAUCUAAUUCUUUUUUUUUUUGUUCUGUAGCCGUGCUUUAUAUUGUGUUUUUAUAUGGACGGAGGGAGAAAUAUCAAAAAUAAACGGCAUCGUGUGCCAAAGGUUUUGUCCGUAGUUGUCUGAGA